AUGGAUCAGUGGAACAAGUUACGGUUCCAAGAUUACAAAACUGGCAUUGCAUAUAAUUCUGCUAUGCACCAGAUUAUAGCAAAGCUAGAAUUUUGUGGCAAAACUAUAACUGAAAAAGAAAAGUUGGAAAAAACUUUUUCAACUUUCCAUGCAUCUCAGGUAUUAUUGCAACAACAAUAUAGAAUGAGGGAAUACACUGAGUAUUCUGAUUUAGUUGCAGCCCUUCUGGUGGCAGAACAAAAUAACGAGCUCCUUAUAAAAAACCACCAGGCACGACCCACAGGAACAAUGUCAUAUCCUGAAAUUAAUGCCACGACCUUUAAUCGUGGGCGUGGUGGCUUUAAUCGUCUUAAGAGACGUGGUGGUCAUGUUCGUUCUGAUGGUAAUAAUGGUCAUGCUCGUUUUGAUGGUCAAAAUCAAGGAGGAUAUCAUGGUCGAAACCUUUUCCACAGUCGAAACUAUUUUCGUGGUAGAGGACGUGGACGAGGUCAUAUGAAUAAUUAUAGAUCCCCCAGAUAUGACCAAAAUAAUUGGAAUCGCAAAGGAAAGGGUAAGUAUAUCCAAGAAGGUCCCUCAAGGAAUUAUGAAGAUAUAUGCUACAGAUGCAGAAAGAAAGGCCAUUGGUCUAAGGUGUGUAGAACACCGGAACACUUGUGUAAAAGACCAAUGGCAUAUGUUGAAGAAAAUGGAAAAGAAGUGAAUUUUAAUGAGAUUGAACCCAGAAACAAUAAUACCUAUUUUGAGACUGUUGACUUUGUUGGAGGUGAAAUUGAUUAA